AUGUGUGAAAAAGGCAUUCUCAUCUGGACUUGCGGCUGCACUCACAUCCAGGACCCGCGCCGCUGCCACAAAGCUCGCUUUUACAACAAACCCUGCGAUGGCUAUGCAUUUGCCUGGGCAUACCGCAGCCCCAUCUCUNUGCACACAUCGCUACGCUGUCCCUCGUGUAUCCGCAACGACGAAGCCACAGCCCUCAAGAAAGCCAAUGACGCCCUGCUUGCAAAGUCAUCUGCAUACCCGACUCUUGUUUCGGUAGCCAAUGGCGAUGACAGCCAUAGAGCCAAAGCAGGAAGACCUAUGUACUCGCGCAUAGUGUCUGAUACGCAAAUGCUGCAAGUGCCGAAACAGUGGACCAGUGAGAUGAAUAGGUUGCCGGCGAAUGCGAAUGAGUACUCUGCUUGGUUGAGUGGGAGGUUUGAUCCGCUGGUUAGAUUGCCGGAUACACAUCUCCCUGCGGCAUCUGGGGCUUCCAAGACUUCUCCUAUGAAGGCUACAAGGAUGGACACGGGAGCAAGAGAUAUGCCUGCCACAGCGCCAGGAAUGCAACGAUCGCGCUCGCAUGCGCCACCCCAGUGUUGGCAAGGACCUGUGAUGUUGGGCGAGGACGACUACCCUUAUGUUGAGUUCAGGGGCGCUUUGUCCACGAGACCGGGAAAGAGUAGGAGACCUUCUUAUACGGGCAAGGUGUUGGACAAGGGGUGGGCUCCUCCGAGUAGUGGGACGUUGCCGCCGCAGAGUGAUGUGGAUACUGCGCCGCCUUCUCAGGUGCCGUCGCCGCAGCUCAGGGUUUCUCCGCCGCGGUUGAGGGUUACGCAUCCCGAAUGA